GAAUGAGAUCAUAUAAUGUGCCAAAGGUUGAAGGCGUAAAUUUUCAUGAAAGUGAGAAUGAUUCACAUCGGCUCUCUUAAUAUUCAACAUCUCUAUACUAUUUGUUCCCAAUGAAAGUUUCAAAAUUAACAAGUUUGCUGCAAAAAUCUCUCACCACCGAUCAAGCAAAAGAGCUCCACUGCCAAAUACUAAUCAACAGUCUCAAGAAUCUCGAGCCACUAUUAAUCCGUCAGACCCUCAAAUAUUCAUCCCAUUACUCUCCAAGAAUCUCUCACUACGUCAAAUCGAUACUCCGGCGUAUGCAAAACCCGGAUGUUUUCUCGACGUCGUGUACAAUCCGUUAUCUUUCUCAACAUGGGCAGUUUAGAGAAGCUUUCUCUCUCUACGUACAGAUGCAUAGCUCCGGGCUUUUUCCAAGCACGUUUGCCGUAUCUUCUGCGCUCAAGGCUUGUGCUAAGAUUUUAUGCCAAAUAGGUGGGUUGAUGAUUCAUGGGCAAGUGGAGAAGUUUGGUUUUCGGAACGUUGUUUUUGUUCAGACCGCUCUUGUCGAUUUCUAUUUGAAAAUGGGGGAUUUGAUGAUUGCCCGUAAACUGUUUGAUGAAAUUACUGAGAAAAAUGUGGUUUCUUGGAACUCGAUGUUAGAUGGUUAUGUGAAGUAUGGGGACAUGGCAAUGGCACAGAAUGUGUUCGAUGAAAUGCCGAUGAGAGAUGUGAUAUCUUGGAAUUCCAUGGUUUCGGGUUUGGCUAGAGCGAAGGAUAUGGAGCAGGCGUAUGAAUUGUUUCGUCGAAUGCCGGAGAGGAGUUCCGCUUCUUGGAACACGAUGGUUACUGGAUACAUACAAUGUGGUAAAAUAGAGUUGGCGCGCAACUUUUUCGAUGCAAUGCCGGAGAGGAAUAUUGUUUCGUAUAUCACAAUGAUUUCCGCCUACUCAAAGUAUGGAAACGUAGAGUCUGCGAAAGAUCUCUACGAUCAAGUGAUCGAGAAAAACCUGCUUUUGUACAACGCCAUGAUUGCGUGCUUCGCUCAGAACAAUCGGGCAAAAGAGGCACUGCAGUUGUUCGACGAAAUGCUGAAGCCAAACGUUAAUUUUCAGCCCGAUAAAAUGACGUUAGCAAGUGUUAUUUCCUCUUGCUCUCAACUGGGAGAUUCAAAGUACGGUGCUUGGAUCGAAUCGUACAUGAGAGAAUCAGGGAUCCGAAUGGACGAUCAUUUGGCCACAUCUUUCAUUGACCUGUACGCAAAGUGUGGAGAUAUCGAAAAAGCUUAUAAACUAUUCAACGGCUUACAAAACAGGGAUUUAGUCGCGUACACCGCAAUGAUUUUAGCAUGUGGUAUAAACGGUCGAGCGAAAGAUUCAAUCAAGCUAUUCGAGGAGAUGAUGGAUGCCGAUAUUAUCCCGAACGCGGUCACUUUCACCGGAAUAUUGACCGCCUAUAGUCACGCCGGUUUGGUCAAAGAAGGCUACCGUUGCUUCAAGUCAAUGGAAACGCACGGACUUGUCCCGUCGCAGGAUCAUUACUCGAUCGUGGUUGAUCUUUUGGGUAAGGCUGGGCGAUUAGAAGAAGCUUAUGAGUUGAUUAAGAGAAUGCCGAUGCAGCCACAUGCGGGAGUGUGGGGUGCUUUGCUGCUUGCUUGCAGCUUGCAUAACAAUGUCGAACUUGCAGAAGUUGCUGCAAAGAAUUGUUUCGAGCUCGAGCCCGAUAGUAGCGGUUAUCGUUCUCUUCUUGCUAAUGUAUAUGCAUCUUCCGGGAGAUGGGACGAUGCUAAAAGAUUGAGGGUAGGGAUCGAAGAGAAGGGUCUUGUCAAAAUACCGGGGUCUAGUUGGAUGGACUGUGCCACGUCAUAGAAUGGCUACUUCGUGAAUUACGUAACGUAAUUUUCUUGCUUCCUCGUAGCAUUAUAGUAUAGUAUAGUUUACGGGGGAUUUGCUAACAGUGCCUCCGAUGUAAUUUGUAUUAGCAAAAAGGAUAUGCUUAUUUUUUGUUUGCAUAAAAGUCGCUCGCGUCUUCAUUUUAC